AUGAGCCAUUGGCACCAUCGAGGAAAUUCGGCAACGGACUUCCGGCUGAUCGAGACGGCGGACCAAGCGAGGGAGCUGGCAGAUCCACGCGAGGCAGCCACGCAGAUUCCACCAGAUAGUCAACAGAGGAGACGCCGUUCCACAACAAUCAUAUGGGAAUGGGAAUGGGACCAGCCUCCACCGACGAAGGACGGCCGUACGGGCGAUCCUGUAACAGCCCCCGAGCUGCCAAAGCAGGGCGUGCGAGGCCACAUGCACACUCUGGCUGAAGGCGGCCGCUGGCCGAGAUUGUCGUCCGCGCACAAGCGAUGGUGGGACGGUGCCUUGCCGGUGGAAGCCCAUGUGUUUCUUACUGGCUCGUUCAUUUGGGGACUGGCUGGGCACAAGGAGCCGCCAAACCAGCACAGAGAUCAAAGGCGCGAUGCCAUUGGGACAAAUGAAUGGUCAGGCGGGGGCCAUGCGCAGGUCGGCGUGGGAAUAGCGUUGGGCGUGUGGCGCUGGCUGGUGGCUUGCGCGGCUGGUGUGCCAGACAGGUUUGCCGAGCGGCAGCGCACGCAGAGGGCCAGCGGACGGCAGCGCAGGCCGAGGAUUGUCGGGUGGUGGCGGCGACCUGGCACGAAGGGGGAUCUCCCAACAGCCAUCGCAGGCCAGGAGGCAGCGCACGAGCCAGAGGCAUCUGCCGCUUCAAGCGACGCCCUUGGCGGUGGGCGUGCUGCUCUGUUGGCGGCUGAACGACCAGAGCGGGUCGGUAGCCUGCUGAGCAAACUGUAUUCAAGGGCCGGUCCUGGCUCAAGGAGCGGCCACUUCAGAGGCUCCCAACAAGCAUCGUGA